AUGUCAGGUCUGCUAGACAUUUUUGGUCAGACCCCCGGGCUCUACAAGCUGUACACUCAGCUAUGCUCCGUCUAUGCCGUUGCCGACACGUCUUCUCAUGAUGCCAUCAUCAACACGUUGACCAACGGACUUGACCGCUUGGCACAGAGUUUUCCAUGGCUUACCGGCCAUGUUGUCAACGAGGGAGCAGGGGACGGUCGUACGGGUGUUUUCAGAAUCAUCCCACUCGACAAGAUUCAACUGGUGGUCAAAGACCUACGAUCUGACCCCUUGGCACCGACGAUCGAUCGUCUUCGCCAGGCCAAGUACCCUUUUACUUUGUUCGACGAAAACAUCAUUGCUCCUUGUACAACUCUCAAUUUGCCGGGCAAUCCGCCAAACAUCACGUCGGAGUCAGCAUUGGUUUUUUGUGUUCAGGCAAAUUUCAUCGAGGGCGGUCUGAUGCUCACCACCGUCACUCAGCAUAAUGUCAUGGACAUGACGGGCCAUGAAUUCGUGUUGAAGCUGUUGUCCAAAGCAUGCAAGAACGAGCCAUUUACCAGCGAGGACUUGACUCUUGGAAACAUGGAUCGGAGUUGUGCCAUCCCGCUAUUAGACGACUCGUACGCCCCGGGCCCUGAAAUUGCCCACCAGAUUGUGAAACCUCCAAGCAUUAAUGAGACCUCGGAUCCUACACCCCAAGCCAAAUCAACUUGGGCCUACAUUGAGUUUUCUGAGACAAAGAUCGCUUCUCUCAAAUCUCUGGCUUCAAAGUCACUUCCACCGUCUACAGGCUUUGUCUCCACGGACGAUGCUGUCAGCGCGUUUGUUUGGCAGUGCAUCGCCCGGGCUCGGGCCUCACGUCUCGGAGCGACUUCUCGCUCCAUGCUUGCGCGUGCCGUUGAUGUUCGCAAGCUCAUUGGUAUGCCAGAGGAAUAUCCGGGUCUCGUACAAGCUAUGACUUAUAGCGCCGACACAAUGCAAAAGCUAUCGGAUGAGCCGCUGGGUGUCGUUGCAGCCCAGCUUCGAUCCCAGCUCGAUCCCCGGAAUAAUGACCUAGCAUUUAACACACGCGCCCUUGCCACGUUUCUCAGUCGUUCAGAAGAUAGAACCAAAGCUUCGAUCACUGCUUCGGUCGAUGUCUCGUCGGAUUUCAUGUUGAGUUCUUGGUCGAGAAUCCACUGCUAUGAACAAGAUUUCGGAUUUGGAUUAGGGAAGCCGGAAGCCGUUCGCAAGCCACAUUUCACUCCAUUUGAAGGAUUGGGAUAUUUGAUGCCUCGAUCGCCAGCUGGUGAGUUGCCUGUUGCUAUCUGUUUGAGGGACGAAGAUUGGGCCAGAGUUAAGACAGACCCGGAGUUUGUGAAAUAUGCCACCUAUAUUGGAUAA